AAUUGUGUUGUAAAAGCAACACAUUUUUGCUUUAAAGUGAAAACUUUGAAGAGAGAUUUUGGAAGGUAUGGCCGACAUCAUCACUGUAGCUACCCCCACAGAAGAGGCGCCAAGAAUUAAUAACAGCAAUCAAAGAACUGAUACAACAAAGCAAGUUACACAACGUCCAUCUACUUGGUAUUUUUGCCCAGAUGGUUGGAUUGGUUUGAAAAAUAAUUGCUAUUAUUUUUCCAAAAAAGAAAUCGAUUGGAAUUCAAGUAGAAACAACUGUUUAACUCGACAAGCUGACCUAACUGUGAUUGACACUACUGAAGAAAUGGAGUUUCUAAGACAACACAAAUGCACUUCUGAUCUCUGGAUUGGGUUGGAGAUGACAGAAAAUCAAAAAGGCAAAUGGGUAAACGGAAACGUAUUUAACAACUCGUUUGAUGUGAGAGGAAAUGAAAAAUGUGCUUACCUCAGUGAUGAUGGUGUAGCAACAGCUAGAUGCUACACAGAAAGAAAAUGGGUUUGUAGGAGUAAAAAAAACACUAGCUGGAAGAAGUGAGAAAGGAUUGUCCUCUAGAGCUGCCUGAAUGAACCUGACUCAGCAGACAACUUGAUCCUGGACUUCCAACUUUUAGAAAUGUGAACAAUAAAUUUCUAUUUUAAACCACCUGAUUU